AUGGAAUGAGUAUGCAAAUUUAUGGAGACAUCGUCAUCAAUACACAUGUCCUUCCCCUUUCCCCGAGUCAAUGAUUCCCAAAUGACCUGCAUUUGCAUACCGACACGUGUAAAAAAAAAAACUAUUUUGUUAUUAAUAAAGCUUGUCACAUUAACAAAAACUGGAAACAAAAGAACCGAAAAGUCCUCCAUCCUGAAAACUUUACCCUGAAACACUGGAGACUCCUUCCAAAUAAAUGUCUAGUCACACGAAACAUAAUCAACGAUUACACACGUUUUUAAAAAAUAUGUUUACUGAAUAGCGAGGUACACACGCACAACACAACCUGAUUAUGUGUACACUUCACAUAAUCUCAUGUAAAAGCCUGUUUUGCUUGUUUUGGGGUUAAUGUUUUGUUUUGUCCUGUAUUUAUGAUGUAUUCCCAUAUUUUGUUCUAAUAUAAAAAUAAAUAAAUUAAAUAAUAAAAAAGACAGCGAUAGAGAGAUAAGAAAGAUAUAGAAGAGAAAACAAAAAAUUUGUGUAACACAAAUUCCAGAAUGCAGUGAUACAGUAAUGACCAUCACAUCACCUGCCUUUAUAGUGUCACAACCAACUGCUUCUUAUCUGCACAUUCUGAAGAGAAAACUCAUCAUUUGGAAAUUUGCUCACUGAUCAGCAUUUCAGUUGUUCAGUGUUUCUACGUGAAAUGAAGAGUGCUAGUUUCCAAAUGGCGUCACUCUAUGUUGGCAAUCUUCACCCUGCUGUGACAGAGUCCGUGCUUUUGGAGAAAUUCAGCUCUGUUCGGCGAGUUCAUUCUCUCCACCUCUGCAGGAACAAGAGGACUGGUACAUCACUCCAAUAUGGUUUUAUCAACUUUCUGCAUCAGGCCGAUGCGGAGCGUGCUUUGGACCUGCUCAAUUUUGACAUCCUUUUGGGUAAACCCGUGCGUAUCAUGUGGUCCCAGAGGGACUCAUCCCUCAGAAACAACAGCAUGGCCUUUUAUGACACCUUCUCCACCUUUGGCAACAUCCUCUCAUGCAAGGUAGUGUGUGAUGAAAAUGGGUCCAGGGGAUAUGGAUAUGUGCACUUUGAGAGUGCCAAGGCUGCCAUCAAGAGGCUGAAUGGCAUGGUGUUUAAUGACCGCAAAGUGUUUAUCACACACGUCAAGUCCUGCCAGAUGCACCAGUCUGAAAACAAGAUGACUGUGAAGGAUGUCAACAGCAAGCAGAAUCUGGAUGUCUCUGUGGAUGAUGAGCAUCUACAUAAAGAGAUCCACCUUUUGGAACCAUCAUCAACGCCAAAGGCUCAGAACCCCACUGCCAAUAACACAAGCAUCCAUCAAGUCAAGCCUCGAACAAGUACACACAGGGCUACUCAGGACGUACAGCUGCAGAGUUUCCAGAAUAUGCUGGUAGUGAUUGCACCUGCAGUGAAACAUCUGCAGGCCAACCAGGUGCUAGGUAUGGGUUUGGCUGCAGUUCCCAUUGAAGUUAAAGCGGUACCGGCUGCAGUUCCUGCUGCAGUUAAAGCUGUACCACCUACAAUUCCGGCUGCAGGUAUAAAAGCAGUACUGACUGCAGUACCGGCUGCAGGUCCAGAUGCAUCUCCAGCCCAUGUGAGAGAUGAGCAGCUGACCAAGGACACACAAGACACACACCAAUCCCAGGAUACACAGACUGCUGUGCCUGCACUGAGUCGAACGCCACUAACCAUCUACAUGUUGUAG